UUUUUCUUUUCACUUUCCCCCUUCCUCUUUAUGACACUGAUCUGAACAGCGGCAAGCACUCCAUCCUCUAAAGCUGCUAGUGCACAGGCUAAAGGUUACUCUGUUCUCCCUUCCUGGGGGUACUUGGGAAACAAGGCAUUGUCAUAGCAACGGCUACUGCUGCUCCCUAGAUAAGGCGUGCGUGAGCAUUCAGUGCCAGCAGAGGAGAAAGUUCCUGCUCCGGUGAACACUGACUCCAUAUCACACCUAUCCCAGCUCCACUGGUUGCUUCUAAAGAACACCGUCUUCAGUGAUGUCAACUGAAUAUGUGCAGCCAUCACAUGAUAUCUCAGAAGACAGAUUGGAUGGGCAAGAUACCAACUGUAACCAUUUAGAUGACCUUUCUGAGCAGUUGCUUAAAAGCUGUGAACUCAAAAAGAUACCGAAAAAGGGGAAAACUCUUCAAGUCUCUCAGAAAACUGAGCUGGAACAAAAAAAACCAAAGAGGAAAGAUACACCAGCAAUACAUACUCCACCGCCAAUAGCAGGCAUCCUUUCGGACCACUUAAUUAGGAGGUGUGACCUCUCCGAGAAACCACCAAAGAGUAACACCAGUCUAGCAUUUCAAAAAACAGAACAGGAACAGAAAAAACCCAGAAGAAAAAAUACACCCGCAAUAAAUACACCACCUGUAAUUGCAGGUAUUAAACUACUUAAAGAAGAUAAGCAGACCGUGAUUGCUGAAGAUGAAGAAAAGGAGGCAGACACUUCACCUUUUUAGGUUCCUCACAUGUUGC